AUGACCUCUCCGCCGCCACGACCACGAUCCGCAACACCAGAAGUACAAUCGCAAACAUGGCCGCACAUCACCUCCCCGCCCCGUCUAGUCGCCAGCACGGGCACCACCUACAGCGGCAGCAUCGCCGCAACCUCGGACUGUCCCACCCGCCCCGACGCGUCCGAAAGUAACCUGUUCAAGUCGCUGCAAUGGACCUCCGACGGCAGCACGCUGCUCACACACUCCGAGGACGGCGGCCUGCGGACCUUCAUCCUUCCACCAGACAUCCUCUCGCCCACCCUCACGCCCCUCACCCCCUACUGCACCACCUUCCUCCCGCACCGCAUCUACGCGACCGCUCUCUACCCCUCCAGCAGCCUCUCCACGCCGUCGACACUCCUCUACCUCGCCUCUUCUCGCGGGGGUCCAAUCCGGCUCCACUCCCUCCUACACCCCACCCUGCUCGCCUCCUACCCGCUAAUAAACGCGCACACGGAAUCCUACCUCACGCCGCACUCCCUUCUCAUCCCGCCGCACCGGCCACACACAUUUAUCGCCGGCAGCGCCAGCUCCCUUUCCUUCUUCGACCUCCAUCGCGCGGGCAGCGCGCCCGUGCGCACGCUGCGCACGAUCCCGACGCGGAGAAGCCCGGCGACGACGGUUACUAUGAAGGGGCUGAUUACAGCGCUGGCGCUGGGGGGUGGGGGUGGGGGUGCAGGUGGGGGCGUGCUCGCCGCCGCGACGAAUACGAGGCAGGUAGGACUGUAUGCCGGUGAUGGCAAGGGGGAGGUCGUCGGCGUGUUUGGCCUGCCCAAGGAGCCGAGGGGGGAGGCCGGUGGUGGCGUUACCCAGCUGGAAUGGAGUAAGUGCGAGAGGUACCUGUUCAUUGCGGAGCGCAGGAGUGAGGUCGUUACGGUCUACGAUAUUAGAAACACCGGGCGGCGAGUGGGGAGUCUGAUGGGCCGUGGGGCGGCGACGAAUCAGAGGGUGGGGGUUAGUGUGGCGCACGCGCUGGGGGGCGAGGUGCUGGGUGGUGGCAUGGAUGGGAUGGUCAGGGUUUGGGAGGGGGAGGAGGGCGGGGAGGCCGUGGGGGGGUGGAGGGCGCAUGAAGAUGUCGUCACUGCUGCCGUCGUGCAUCCGUUUGACACAGACACGGAUGCACCGCCGUGGGACAACAGUCUCAAGAUUUGGGAGGUUCCGCGAGCACACACGCACUCGUCACCGGAGGACAGAGAACCAUAG